CGCCUUGUUACAGUCAACGACGUUGAAGCUUGGCGUGAGAGAUAAACAUGAAUACGUCCUCAGCGUUAUCGCAGGUUGAAAAGGUUAAGCUGGCGUUGCGGCUCCUUGCCGUGCUACAGAUCACUCAGUACCUCUGGCCGCGUUCAGCGGAGAUACAAGAUGGUCAAAGUUUUGAUUAUAUCGUGGUGGGAGGUGGCACAGCGGGAGCCGUGGUCGCCAGCAGACUCUCGGAGGAUCCUAGCAUAUCGGUGCUCCUCGUCGAAGCUGGAGGAGAUCCACCAUUCGAAUCUGAUGUUCCCAAAUUAAUGCUGUACCUCAAAAAUACCACUUCAGAUUGGAACUACACGACGGAGCCUGGUCCUUAUUCUUCGAGGUGCGUCAAGAGCGUUGCAAGACCAUUCGUCCAAGGAAAGAUCUUAGGGGGUACCAGCGGUGCUAAUUAUCUUCAUUAUGCCCAAGGUCAUUAUAGAGACUAUAAUACAUGGGCUAAGAUCACUAACGAUGAAACUUGGAGAUGGGAAAACGUCCUACCGUACUUUAUAAAAGCUGAGAAGUUCGAUGAUGUAAGUGUGCUUUGUUCACAAGCCGCUCAGUACCACGGAACUGAAGGACCUGUGGGAUUGAUGAGGGAUAAUCGACCAAUUAUUCAGAACUAUUUAGAAGCAUUUCAAGAUAUGCAGAAGCCCAUCAAAGAUGAUCUAAACGCCGUAGACUCUGUAGGUUAUGCUCGCGAUGUUUACAAUAUUCAGGAUGGCCAUAGACAAAGUUCAGCUUUUAGCUUUUUGUCUCCCGCGAGACACCGCUCGAACCUCUUCGUUUGGAAAAACGCUUUAGUCACCAAAAUUGUGAUUGAAGACAAGACAGCAGUCGGCGUCGAAGUCGUGAAGAAUGUUGGUGAUACGGAGAAGACAUAUUCCAUCAGAGCUAUAAAAGAAGUCAUUGUAUCAGCCGGUGCAAUCAAUACACCGAAACUACUCAUGCUGUCAGGAAUAGGACCCAAAAAGCAUUUAAGAUCUCAUGGUAUUCCUCUGAUCGCAAAUUUACCAGUCGGUAAAAAUCUUCAAGAUCAUACAGCGGCCAUUGUGGUUUUCAAUAUGACGAAAUUACAUGAAAAUCCACCGAUAUUUAGUUUUUCAGAUUACCCAGCCUUUGUAUUCCGCGGCUCUGUGUCUCUGAAUAAAUCUGACUACCCCGAUUACUCAACUUGGAAUUACAUAAACUUCCCAAAUGCAUUGUUGAAAUACUGCUCAGUCAGCUACGAUUUUCAAAAUUCUGUUUGUGAUGAUAUGCUGGCGACUUCCGUGAACACACAAAUGUUGUUCUCUGUUGUGUUUGGUCUUCAUCCAAGGUCAAGAGGAAAGGUGUUGUUGAGGAGUCCCUUCUACCAGGACUCGCCUAUGGUAUUCACAGCUGCGUAUCUUGAGAAGGAGGAUAUUGAUAACCAAGUUAAAUACGUUAAAGAUUUUAUCCGCGUAAUAAACUCUGCCUAUUUCCAAAGCGUCGGUGCCGAGUUGAAGUACCCGAGCUUACCGAAGUGCAAUUGUAAGCAUAAGGAAGACGAAGAGUUUUGGAGAUGUUACAUUUUAUGUAUGACGACUCCUCAACAUCACUACUGCGGGACAAGCGCUAUGGGCUCAGUGGUAGACGGGAGACUCCGCGUGAUGGGAGUAGACAGACUCCGCGUAGUUGAUGCCAGCAUUAUACCAAUCAUUCCCAGCUCGGGCCUGCUUGGACCCGUCAUUACUAUCGCUGAGAAAGCUGCCGACUUCAUCAAAAGUGAUGGUGAUUGUCUGAAUUUUUGAAGAUAGAACUAAGUCAGUUUUUUCUGAGAUAUUUAAAUUUUUGUGUAAUCAUUAUUUCUUAUUUAUUUGGAAAGUCUUAUAAAUUUAAUUAUUAAACAUUAUACUUAGUGUCACUGAUGUGACAUUUUGUUAAAGAUUAUACUUAAAACAAAAAGCUUGAACAGUUUGCAGUGUUGUAUUAAAUAUUAAAUAGUGUUUCCGGGC